AAUCCCAUUUCUCUCUUCUUCCUUUCCACACUGAACUUCCAUGGAAAUUGGAGACCAAAAAUGUUCAUCAUCAGGCUAUGGCAAACCUCCAUGGAUGUUCAGAGGAAGGUCAUUAUUAAUGAAUUCAAAACUUCCAUUUUACUUUUUCUUCAUUCUUCUUUUUUUUCCCCAUUUCUCAGGGCCUUGUAUCAACUCCAUCUUGUUAAGGCUACAACUGCUCGAGCUUGUAUUCCUAAGGAGUUGAGACUUGUUGAAGCAUUUGGUUAUACUCUUGGUGGGUUUUUUCUUGCUAACUAUGAUGACAGUCCAGCAGGAACUUUUGAUGAGCUUGUAGUAAUUUCUGGAAUUGUUUGGAACCGCCCAACCUCUUGCGCAUGGGCAGCUAAGGUUCUAGUGAACAGUGCUGAAGCUUGUGAUCAUGGAAGAAAGGAAGUAGGGCUUCCAAGUCAAGUUGCUAGGUUUACAAAGAGGAUUGAGGCAGUUCCAAAGCAUCAGAGUGAGAAAGGACUUCUCAGCUUCUUACGUGGGAAUAGUAAUUUCCACAACCAAAAGAAUCAGGAGCAUGUCCAAGUGGCUGAAGUGAAGGGUCCUACUUCAAUGGAUGUCUGCAAUAUCAACCUUUCUUUUUCUGUUCCUUUCAGCAAAUGGAUGGGACCAGCUAUCAAAAUGUCUCUCCCAAGUUAUAGUGGGCACACAGAAUAUACUCCUGAGCUACUCAAAUAUUCCUGUCAAAUUCGAUGCCGGGUGCGAGCUGUAAAGCCAGCAACUGUCUCGAUUCCUGCAUUAAACAGAGCAGAAGAUGGAGACCACCAUUCUCACAUUACAAGAACUGGAGAAUAUGGGGAACAUGAGCAAAGCCUUUGUACAUCUGUACUAUUGUCAAAACCUAUCCUAGCUUUAGAGUUUAGUUGCAUGGAAAUGCAAGUCCAAGCUCCCACUGUUGUUUCUCAAUAUUUUAAACACUCGCUAAGAACACCAUGAACACAUUCCAUUUCAUUCUAGUUACAGUUAAAUAUUAUGAAAAUUCUUGGCAGAAAAUGUUGUACAAUCUGAAAUACAUCGCUAAUGAAA